AUGCCUGGGGUACCGUCUAACAAAGCAUGUGAGCGAUGCAAAAAGAGGCAUCUCAAGUGUGAUGAGGCACGCCCGAAAUGCCAGCGCUGUACAAACGCUGGGGUGGACUGCCCGGGAUAUGUUCAAACGCGCAAGUUUAUAGACCAAGGCGCUUCGGUAAGGCGCCGAUACGCGCCCUACCAAGAAGGUCACACAAUACUACAUACAAGCAAAGGCACAGAAACUGCUACCGCUGAACGCCUGCUCAGCUCGAACCAACAUGGCGACCAACAAAGUGCUGGCCCCGGUCAAGCUCGUCCUGCACUCCCGCCCUCUGCGAGCUGGAGAUCGAGUGAGUCAGAUCAAUCAGGAGCUCGUUCACCGCUCCAAGGCAUAAUGAUCAACUCGACAAAUUCACCCAUACGAACGAAUGCUACUAAUUUCAUGGCAAGCCAGUCCAUGACAGACGCCACGUCUGUUGACAUUACUAGCCUGGACCAGUCACGAAGCACUGCUAGCAGGAGUGCUGGCCACAGUCCACUUAAUAUUAAUAAUGCUACAUCCCCUCAUGUCCUGGGUAAUGCUUACAACGGACUUCGAUCCAGACCCCCAUCGUCCCAUACCGCCUCGGGGAGCCCAUCACAGCCUAGCGAACGAGACGAGUUCCAGGAUAUCUUCUCCGAACUCUUAACGGGUACUGAACAGGAAAUAGCUUUUUUGAUUCGACAUUAUUCGGAGAACUUGGGGCCUUGGCUAGACAUCUCGGACUCGACCAGAUUUUUUGAGGUCCAUGUACCAAUACGCGCAAUCAAUGAUCCCUUCUUAAAUUUUGCAAUUGCUGCUCUGGCUGCGAAGCACCUCGGCAGGAUGAAAGGUGCAAAAUCACCCGCUAGUGGUGGAAUGUUCACAAGUCCAGCCACCAUGGAAGUCUAUCCAAAUGCGACACAAGUGGACUGGUUUCUCAAAGCAACUAACUACUACUAUAUGGCCGCUUCCCGUAUGAAUUCCGCCAUCUGUGAAGCUUACACUUCCGUAUCUAGCUCGGCCAUUUUAGAGGAAUCGGCAAUUCAAAUCGCCAGCCGAUGGUUGAGUCUUCAGCCACAGCAAUCUAGUCCUACCACCGAAGAUCCUGCUGCUAACACUCUCUCAAGAAAGACAGAGAAUAUCCUUGCAGCCUCGACUCUCAUGACUAUGUACAAGCUUCUGGAUGAACCCGCAGAAAAUUGGCAAUCGCACCUUUCGGGAAUAAAGGUACUAUUUGACUCUUUGCUUCAAGUAUACAGUGGUACUUCGCCUAUUCCGUGUUUACUGCCUCCAGGGGCUAGGGCCGCGUUCUGGAAUCUCGCGCGCUUGGAUUACCUAAGUGCUUAUAUCAAUCGGGUUCCAACUCAGUUGGACCAGGGCAACCUUUCGUUAUGGAGGGCUGCCGGCAUUUCAAUUGAUGAAUCGGGUAACAUAUCAUUACAUGCCAAGGAUAUGACCGAUAAGGCGUUAUCACACGAAGAUGUUGCAGCUAACAGCUUGACCUGGCUUGUUGCAAAAGUAGUCAAUUUUCUAGCGGAGUCGAAGAAGCUACAAUGGGAACAAUUAACAGGCCAUUCAUCUAGCGAUCCAACUACACCGUCUUCAACACCCACUACCUUCACACCAUAUCCUUCUACUUCCACCUGGUUGAAACUCUGCUUCGACUUCCAGUCCUGGUUCGAAGGGUUACCGGAAACGUUCCGCCCGUGCCUGCGAUUAGACCACCCCAAAGACUUAUCGAAGCUUCCAGAAAUUGUUUAUUCGCCCUUUCCCGAAAUAUUUUACGGACUGACAUCCUGUGCGGCGACAAUGCAGCAGUACCAUUUUGGACGCCUUGCGUUAUCUCUGAACAGGCCACCGGAUGCUGUCAGCGGGCCCAGCACGGCCUUUGACCGCCUACAAGGAUACCGGGAAUUGAUGAAAGAGACCGAAUACCGUGGUCGGGAAAUCUGUGGCAUUGCGCUCGGUCGUCCUCGGAGUGCCGCACGUGUUUACACGAUACCGCUUUUGUUUGCGGUCGGCCAAUGCUUUGAAAAUCCUGAGGAGCGCCAAAUAGUUGUUGAUUUACUACGUGGGAUCGAGGCGGAUCUGGGAUGGGAGACGAGCGUUCGGAUCCAGAAGCUGCAAGCUUCAUGGGCCCAACGAUAA